AUGCAAGCAUUAGGUCUGAACGACUAUCUCAACGACCCUAUGCUAAUCAAUGAGUUGCUGAGUAAACUUCCUGGAGAUAUGAAAUUAGACUGGGGUCGUCGUCGAAUGACCAUCUCAAGGGUAGAUGUCGUGGCCUUUGAUGAAUGGUUAUUUGCGCUGGCUUCAUGUGCAAGCCAGGUAACGCCACUUAAUGAAACCAACGGUAACGCUGCGGAAGAAAAGGUGUUAGGAAAGAGCAAUAGGCAAAGAGUUUUCGUGCACGACGAAAUCCCAAAGGAGCUUAGCCCCACCAAAACGCGUAAUGAGGAAACUAAACAUUCCAUAGCUUGUUCUCUGUGCGGCAAAGAGCACAAUCUUGCCGAUUGUCCAAACUUCCUAGCAAAGAGCCGAAAUGAACGUUGGCAGUUAAUCAAGGACAAAAGGCUAUGCAUUCGAUGCUUUAAGUCCCACAUGGUUAGACGCUGCACCUCUAAGCAAGUUUGCGGGGUAGAUGGAUGUAGAAUGGUGCACAACCCACUACUACAUAGCCAAAAUGCUGCAGCUAAGACUAGUCGGGUAAAUACAAUCCUAGUUCAUCAACCAUCAUGCACGUUGAUGGACAGUAAAUUGGCUGAGCAGCUAGGUCUCGACGGCCCUGGUGAAGACUUGUGCUUGAGAUGGACGGGCGACAUAACACAGCAGGAGGUAAACUCAAAGGUUUUAAACUGUGAAAUAUCUGCAAGAGAGAAAAAUUCUAGGCGAUAUCGUAUGCACAAUAUUCGAACAAUCACUGACCUUGAGUUACCGCAACAAACUCUCAACGCAGACACUUUAAAUGAGCACAAACACCUGAAGUCAUUGCCUAUUCUACCAUACACCGACUGCAAAGCGCGAUUAUUAAUAGGAUUGGACAACACGGCUAAACUUUGCGUACCUGAGGAGGUGAGUCAAGCUGAAGGUGAUGAUCUAAUAGCUGCGCGUUGUAAAAUAGGUUGGUCAGUAUAUGGUCAGGAUAAGUCGGCAUAUCAGCCAGACGAAAAUCUGUUCCACGUUUGCACCUGUACUAAAUAUGAUCAGCUUGAUAACUUAAUAUCAAGGGCAGACGAGCGUGCUUACCACAUAAUGGAGAAAACAGUUUUGUAUGAUGCCAGUGUUAAGAAAUGGGAAACGGGCCUCUUGUGGAAAUAUGACCACAUUGACUUGCCCGACUCCUAUCGAAUGGCAUAUAAUCGUCUCCAAUGUCUGGAAAAGAAGAUGGAAAAGAGCCCCGAUCUGAAGCAAUAUCUUGUUGGGAAGUUAAAUGACUAUCUCGAAAAGGGUUACAUAAGAAAACUAAAUGUCGAGGAAAUAUCGAAAGGAGGCAAAUCUUGGUUUAUUCCAAUAUUCACAAUUGAGAACGUUAACAAAAAUAAAUUGAGAAUCGUGUGGGAUGCAGCAGCUAAGGUGAGUGGCACCAGUCUGAACGACGUAUUAUUGAAAGGACUCGAUCUUCUAAGAUCGUUGGUAGGUGUCCUAUUGAGAUUUCGUGAACGACCAGUGGCCAUCUGUGGAGAUAUUCGUGAAAUGUUUCACCAAAUUAGGGUGAGAGCGGAAGAUCAGGUAGCACAGCAGUUCCUGUGGCGAAACGGCGAUAGUAGCAGACAUCCCGAUGUAUUCGCUAUGACCGUUAUGACGUUUGGGGCAUCGUGUUCCCCAUCUUUGGCAAACUACAUAAAAGAUAAGAACGCUCUACGUUUCCAGAAGACACUACCAAAUGCUGUGGCAACAAUUGUCGAAAAUACGUUUGUGGACGAUUGGUUGCAUAGUAUGGAUGAUGAGGAAGAAAUGAUUCGACUAGCUACUGACGUCCGCUUCAUCCAUUGUGAAGGUGGGUUCGAGAUGCAAAACUGGUUGUCGAAUUCUAAACGAGUUCUGCAAGCGCUCUCAAGUAAGCAUGAACCCGCGAAUAAAUGCUUCAUAGAGCCAGGAUCAGAACUUCAAAAGGUUCUUGGUAUGUGGUGGUUACCAACCAGUGACGAACUAACCUUUGUUCACAGGUUCAAACCGGAUAUCUUCAAUGAAUCCACUUUUCCAACGAAACGACAAAUGCUUCGAGUAAUGAUGACUAUAUUCGACCCUUUGGGUCUGUUGGGGUUUAUUGUAAUUAAAGCAAAGAUGAUAUUACAAGAUGUGUGGCGAUCGGGCGUAACUUGGGAUGAGCCUGUACAUGAUAAAGAACGUUCCGCUUGGUGGCAGUGGCUGCGAAAGCUACGCUGUAUUGAUAAAAUCCGUAUUCCAAGGUGCUACACUUUCGCAAAUCGCAGCAGCGAUAACCAACUUCAUAUCUUCGUUGAUGCUAGCAUAUCAGCAUAUGCUGCUGUGGCCUUUCUUCGUUCAAGUAUGGGCGACAAAGUUCAUUGCUGUCUCGUUGCCUCCAAGACACGAGUUGCUCCGUUGAAGCCAUUCUCAGUGCCGAGACUUGAGUUGAUGGCAGCCAUCUUAGGACUUCGUCUAGCUAAGUUCAUAAGAAAGGAACUCUCCAUACAAAUUAACCGCCGGAUCUUCUGGUGCGAUUCGAAGGAUGUCCUAUAUUGGAUUAGGUCUGACGCCAGAAAAUUCAACCAGUUUGUAGCUGUGCGAAUUGGCGAAAUUCUAGAGGAUUCACAAAUCAACGAGUGGCGGUGGGUACCAACGAAGGAUAACGUAGCUGACGAUGGUACAAAAUGGUACAAUAAUAUGGAAUUAAACAGCUCUGGGAGAUGGUUUACGGGCCCUGAAUUCCUAAGUCUAUCAGAAACUCUCUGGCCAACAUCCGAAUUCAAAGAGCCACAAGCCGUAGCAGAAACUAUACAGCACGUAACAAUUGAUUCUUCGAAAGAUAUUGGUGAUACGCAACCAGAUCCUACAAGGUUUAGUAAGUGGGAGAAAUUGCGCGCUGUACAGAUGUGUGUUCUUCGUUUUCUCCGUUUGACUAUGAAGAACACCGCUAGAAAUCCAGUUACUCAAACAAUUAUUUCCGAUAGCACCUGUAAAAGUGCAGAACUACUUCUCUUCCGCAAGUGCCAGGAAGAAUGCUAUGGCGCAGAGUUUGAUCAAAUAAAAAAAGGCGCGGUAAGUCGAAAAGGCUCAAUCUACAAAUUUUCUCCAUUUAUAGACAAGCUGGGACUGCUACGCGUAAAGAGUCGGAUCGAAGAAGCAAGAGGAGUGACAACAGAUCUCAAACAACCGAUUAUACUUCCCCGUAACAAUAUUGUUACUCAUUUGGUCACAGAUUUCUAUCAUAGAAAGUUCCAUCACCUCCACAACGAGAUAGUGGUAAAUGAGAUGCGUCAGCGAUUCUGCAUUAAUGGUCUACGAGUUUUGGUGCGGAUGAUAUCAAAAGUAUGUCAACAAUGUCGUAAUCGGAGAGCCACACCGAAUCCACCAGAAAUGGGAAAGUUACCACCAGAGCGUCUCGCGUCAUUCACUGAUCCUUUCGCUUAUACAGGAGUGGAUUAUUUCGGACCCUUCGACGUGACGAUUGGCAGAAGGCAUGAGAAGCGUUGGGGAGUUGUUUUUACCUGCAUGACUAUACGUGCCGUACAUAUUGAGAUUUCUUCAUCGCUAUCUACUGACUCAUUCCUCCUUGUUCUGAAAUUGUUUAUAUCACGACGAGGAGUUCCUCGUCGAAUCUUCUCUGACAACGGCACUAAUUUCAGAGGCGCUAGUCGCAUUCUAGCAGAUGAAAUCGAGAAAAUAUCAUCUGGCACACUAAUAGAAAAAUACCCCGAAAUUGAGUGGACUUUCAUACCACCAGCAUCACCACAUAUGGGCGGAGUGUGGGAGCGCAUGGUACGAUCUAUAAAGUCAGUAUUGAUGGACAUAUUACCAAAAGAAGGUCUACGAGAGGAAGUGCUGAGAGCAACUUUAGCCGACGUCGAAAAUAUUAUUAACAUGCGCCCUCUUACCUACGUUCCACUGGAAUCAUACGAUAGCGAAGCAUUAACGCCAAACCAUUUCCUUCUGGGAAAUUCAAGUGGCAUAAGAGAGAAGGGUGAUUGCGAUGUUACCAAUCCGUCGCUGCUAAAUAAGAAAUUUCGCACAUCUGGUGAGUUGGCUGAUCGAUUUUGGAAGCGAUGGAUUCGCGAGUACUUGCCAGGCCUGACAAGACGGGCAAAAUGGUUCGAAAAAACCCCAGAGCCCAUCGCUCCCAAAGACGUCGUAAUAAUUGUUGAUGAAAACAUGAAAAGGAACACUUGGACAAAGGGAAUAGUUAUGGAUGUCAUAAAGAGCAGCGACGGACAAAUAAGAAGCGCCGUAAUCAAAACUUCCAACGGCUUAAUAACACGGCCAGUAGUGAAACUUGCGCGCCUAGAUCUGAAAGUGAACCCCACGUCAGAGCAUGGAGAUCACGGAGGGGGGAAUGUUAGCGCGCAACAACCCUAA